AUGCUCACUCUGUUAAACCUUAAGGUAGUUCAGGGCAAAGUCAUUAAGGCUGGCAAAGAAGAGAAAAAGGAUGAAGAAGAUCAAGAGGGCCCAGAAGUUAAAGAAGAAGAGGAGGAGGAGGAACUCGAGCACUUGGAGGUGACUUUGUCUCGAGUUCCUCAAGGGAAAAGGAAGAGUGUAGGAUCCCAAGGGAAAAGGAAAAGCAUGAGGGUGGCUAUGCAAGAAAACAAGAAAAGAGGGCCUGUCUUUAUAGAAAUUAAUGAAGAAGGGGAGGUCAAGGAGAUGCCCAUAGAGGAGGAUGAUGUUCCCAUCAAACAGGAGGAACUGCCUGAAGCUGCUGUGCCAAGGACCAGGACACCAAGAUCCUCCAAGAAAUCCAAAGCUCGUCGUGAGGGAAGAGACCACAGGAUCAGUUCAAUGCAAGCUCACAUUGGUGAAUUGGUUGACAGUGUCAAGACUCUCCAAACCAAUCUCCAACACUACUCAGAUCAAGCCAAUGCCACUCGUGCCACUAUUCUCACCAAAAUCAACAAUCUGGAAUCCUUUGAAGAGACAGUGGUCGAAGAAACAGCUGGUUCUGGUUCCCCAUCCCAAGCCUAA